AUGCAAGGUGAGGCAGGGGCUGCGGCGCCGCGCGCCGCGCCGCAACGAUCGGGUUCCGCCGACGGCAUGAACCGCGUCUCCUUGCGAGAGUUCCGGGUGACCGCGUUUGCUGCCACAGUGGGUGCGGCGGCGCUUUGCAUGGCCGCUCUCGCCGCGCCGCAGGCAAAGGGCGCGGACUUCUUCGAGGCCUACGAGGCGUUUCAACGUGGCGACUACGACGAGGCGCGCGCGGCCUGGUCCAAGCUCGCCCACGCCGGCGAUGUCGACGCGCAGUUCAAUCUCGGCACACUCUACGAGAACGGAUUGGGCGUGUCGGAAGACGCCGAGAAGGCGGCGCGCUGGUACCGGGUUGCGGCGGCCCGCCGCCUCGACCUCGCCCGGCUCGCAUUGGCGCGGCUGCAGCGCAUCGGUGCGCUCGAGCCCGACCCGGACGAGGACCAGAUCAAGCUCCUGGAAACCGCCGCGCGCCGCGGCUUGGCCGAGGCCCAGUUCGAGCUCGGCGUGGCCUAUGACCUCGGGCUCGGCGUUACCCAGAAUCACGCGACCGCGGCGGGCUGGUAUCAGCGCGCGGCCGAGCAGGGCCUGACCGACGCCCAGUACAACCUGGCGACGCUCUACGACGAAGGGCUGGGGACGCCGCGCGAUAUCGAGCGGGCGCAAGACUGGUACAUGCGUGCUGCCGACGCCGGCGAGGCCCGGGCCAUGAACAAUCUCGGGUAUAUCUACGAGAAGGGCCUGACGGGGGCGAGGGAUUACGGCAAGGCGGUCGUCUGGUAUCGCCGCGCCGCACGCAAGGGCCUCGCGAUCGCGCAGAGCAAUCUGGCGGCGCUUCACUAUCUCGGCCGCGGCGUAACGCGCGACUUCGAGCAGUCCUAUCGCUGGUACAAGGCGGCCGCCGAACAGGGCGACGCAGUGGGUCGGAACGGCCUCGGCUUGCUCUAUGCGAACGGACUCGGCGUCGAGCGCAAUCUCGCCCAGGCAAUGGCCUGGUUCAACCUCGCUGCCCAUGCGAAAGGCUCAGCCGGUGCAGAUGCGAUGACCUACCGCGAUCGGCUCUCGCGCCUCAUGUCGCCGGCUGAGCGCGCCGAGGCCGAAGCAUUGAGCAUCGAGAUCGCGGCCCGGGCCUAUGCCGAAAACGUGCCCAAUAUACCUGCUUUCGGCGUCGCUAUGCCGAGGCCGGCAAACGGCUUCGGGGAUUCCGCCAUCUACGCGCAGAGGCUUCUCAAGUCGCUGGGAUACUAUGAUGCGGCGGUCGAUGGAGUCGCCGGCGAGCUUACCAUCAAGGCGACACGGCGGUUCUUGCGGGAGAAUGGGCUGUCCAUGGCCCCGCAGAUCACGCGGGAUCUGGUGGCAGCGCUGGAGGAGGAACGGGUGGAGCGGAUCGCGGCCGCCGCCGCUGCUGCCGCCGAGGAGGCCGCGGGGCAGGAACGCAUCGAUGAGCUGCCCGAACAGGCGGCUGAGCUUAACGGGCAGGACCAGUCAUGA